AUCCGACUUGGCAACCUAAACCAAGGAAUCAACAAGUGCUUAGUGAACUUUCGCCCACAAAUCUUCCAGACAAUCCGUCUGUAGUCGAUCUGAAUAAAUACAAAGUUUUUUGUCGAAAAGAUCAGC